AUGACCGAGGAUAUCAAGGACGAGAUUUCAAGGAACCCGGAGCUUUACGGACUGAGACGUUCCGGAAGGGCGCGGGCGCCUGCUUCGUCCUUUGCGGAGAUUUCAGACUCAGACGAAGAUGUGAGACCGACAAAAAGGUCCAAAAAACAGAAAAACGUCAACGCUGAUGAGUUUGACGAUGACGAGGACGAGGACGACGAUGAGGAUGACGAGUUCUACGACGGAGAAUCUGCUCAGAAAAAGCGUAAGCUCAACGGAUCGAAAAGCCAGAGGUCCAAGUCAAAGUCUUCCAGAGCCAGCGAACCUGCCUAUGCCGAGGUCAGGUUUUCGUCUCGGAACAGCAAGACUGUGAACUAUGCUGUUGACGAAGAUGAUGAGGCCGAAUUCAUGGAAAGCGAUGCAGAACAAGCGUAUGAGUACGACGGCUACUCCUAUGCAGAUGAGCCUGAAGGCACUCCGUUGGCUGUUGAACAGGCUAUAGACCAGAUUCUCGACCACAGAGUUGUUGGUGAGGCUGAAGGCUCAAUUCCAGACGAUCAUGUAAUGAGUACAGACGGGACCGGAAAUGGAGCCGCCUCAGCAUCGGACGAGGAGGUUGGUCGCGUCAACUACCUCAAGCUUCACGGAGACCCUAAGCAAGACUUUGAGUUCCUGGUGAAAUGGGUAGAGGUGUCGCAUUUGCACAACACCUGGGAGAAAUACGACUCAUUACACGGUCUUAAAGGUGGAAAGAAGGUGGACAACUACAUUAACCAAUUCAUUGUGCUUGAUAGACAGAUACGUGCAGAUCCUACUGUGACCAGAGAGGACAUCGAGUCAAUGGACCUUGAGGCCGACAGCAGAAGAGACGAGCUCAAGCAGUUCAUUCAGGUGGAGCGUAUCGUUGAAAGCGACAGAGUGUUGGGGGAAGAUGGAACUUCCGAACUGCAGUACCUUUGCAAAUGGAAGCGCCUGUACUAUGACGAAUGUACCUGGGAGUCUGCUGAUGAAAUUGUCAAGAUUGCUCCCGAAAUGGUGAAGCAGUACCAGAGCAGGAAGAACUCCAAGAUUUUGCCCAAUUUGUCUGCCUCCUACGGCACCAACAGACCCCGAUUCGAGAAACUAGUUGCGCAGCCGGCUUUCGUCAAAAACGGUGAGCUCCGUGACUUUCAGCUGACUGGUUUGAACUGGAUGGCCUUUCUAUGGUCCAGAAAUGAGAACGGUAUCCUGGCCGAUGAAAUGGGUCUCGGUAAGACUGUUCAGACGGUGAGUUUCCUCAGUUGGCUGAUCUAUGCCAGAAGACAGAACGGACCCCAUUUGGUCGUUGUGCCUCUUUCCACUGUUCCAGCAUGGCAGGAGACUUUCGAGAAAUGGUCCCCAGAUCUGAAUUGUAUCUAUUAUAUGGGAAAUGCCAAAUCCCGUAAGGCCAUUCGCGAUUUCGAGUUUUAUGGCUCAAGCAAAAAACCAAAGUUCAACAUCUUGCUGACCACUUAUGAGUACAUUCUGAAAGACCGUUCUGAGCUCGGAAGUUUUAAGUGGCAGUUCAUGGCCGUUGACGAGGCCCACAGACUCAAGAACGCCGAAUCUUCGUUGUAUGAGUCGCUCAAGGAAUUCAAGAUUUCCAACAGAUUACUGAUCACUGGUACUCCAUUGCAGAACAACAUCAAGGAGUUGGCUGCUCUGUGCAAUUUCCUGAUGCCUGGAAAGUUUAACAUCGAGCAAGAGAUUGACUUUGAAUCGCCUGAUGCAGACGCCGAGGAGUAUAUCCAAGACCUUCAGAAGAAGAUUCACCCGUUCAUUUUGAGAAGACUCAAGAAGGAUGUGGAAAAGUCUCUUCCUGCGAAGACAGAGCGUAUUCUUCGUGUCGAGCUCUCUGAUCUUCAAACGCAGUACUAUAAGAACGUUCUCACCAAGAACUACUCCGCUUUGACCCAGGGAGUCAAAGGAGCUCAUAUCUCGCUCUUGAACGUCAUGUCUGAGCUGAAAAAGGCUUCCAACCACCCUUAUCUGUUUGAUCAGGCCGAGGAAGCGGUGCUCACGAGAGCUGGAGGAAGUCAUUCUCGUGAGAACAUCCUAAGAGGAAUGAUCAUGUCUUCUGGAAAGAUGGUGUUGCUGGAUAAACUGUUGACCAGGCUAAGGAAAGACGGACACAGAGUGUUGAUUUUCUCGCAAAUGGUGCGGAUGUUGGACAUUUUGGGUGAUUACCUGAGCAUCAAGGGAUAUAACUUCCAGAGAUUGGACGGUACCAUUCCUUCGGCCCAACGUCGUGUUGCCAUUGACCACUUCAACGCAGACGGAUCCCAGGACUUCGUGUUCCUGCUCUCUACCAGGGCUGGUGGUCUCGGUAUCAACCUCAUGACAGCAGACACCGUGAUCAUCUUCGACUCCGACUGGAACCCCCAGGCUGACUUGCAGGCAAUGGCCAGAGCCCAUAGAAUUGGCCAGAAGAACCAUGUCAUGGUUUAUCGUUUUGUGUCGAAGGACACCGUUGAAGAGGAAGUCCUGGAGAGGGCCAGGAAGAAGAUGAUUCUGGAGUAUGCCAUCAUCUCGCUGGGUAUCACCGAUAAGCAGAAAAAGAAGAACGAGCCGUCCAAUGGCGAGCUCAGUGAGAUCCUCAAGUUCGGUGCCGGCAAUAUGUUUAAGGCAAAUGAGAACCAGAAGAAGCUGGAGGACUUGAAUUUGGAUGACGUACUCAAUCAUGCUGAAGAUCACGUGACCACCCCAGAUCUGGGAGAGAGUAACUUAGGUGGAGAGGAGUUCCUCAAACAAUUCGAAGUCACCGACUACAAGGCUGAUGUUGACUGGGACGAUAUUAUUCCCGAGGAGGAGCUCAAGAAAUUGAAGGAGGAUGAAAAGAAACGGCAGGAUGAGCAGUAUCUCCAGCAACAGAUCGAGAUGUAUUCCAGAAGGCAAGCGGCCAUGAAAAGCAUGAGAGGAGUUAUCAGUGAUAAUGAGGAUGACGACGACGAGCCCAAGACAAAAUCCAGAAAGAAGAGGGCUGUGGAUAUGAACAAGCUGACGGAAUCUGAAAUCCGUGGGAUCUACCGUGCUAUUCUCAAGUAUGGUGAACUGUCUGACAAGUGGGACGAGCUCACUGCCGAUGGCACACUCAGUAAUAAGAACUCGGAAGUGUUGAAAGCCACUUAUCACGAUCUGAUAAGUGAGUCAAAGGAGCUGGUUGCCAAGGAAGAGAAACGUCGUGCGGAAACUCUAGCUGAAAUGGAGCGUAAAGUGCUUGAAGAGAAGGAGAAGGAAAGGGAAAAGGAAAAGGCCGUCAACGGAAACGGCAAUGCCGUUGGCAAUACCGCUAGUGAUACGUCAUCCUUAAGUUUGAAGGAAACCAAGGACUCUCCGGCGAUGACUCUGUGGAUGAUGAAGCGUAGGGAGCGCAAGGCCAUUCUGUUUGAGUUCAGAGGUGCCAAAAAUAUCAACGCCGAAUUGGUAUUAAGCAGACCAGAGGACAUGGCAUUAUUGAAAACUUUGAUCCCAAAAGAUGAUCCUUACACCUUCAAGCUGCCCAAGUCCCCUAAGCCUGUCCAUGGCUGGACUUGCGAAUGGUCUGUGAAUGACGAUUCCAUGCUGUUAGUCGGUGUGGAUAAAUUUGGCUAUGGUUCCUGGGCUCAGAUUAGAGACGAUCCGUUGCUAGGAUUGCAAAACAAGGUUUAUCUUGAGACGCCUCCUUCAAAUGCAAGCAAAGAAGAGAAGGACAAGUUUGCAAAGAGGAGUCCAGGCGCAGUCCACCUCGGCAGAAGAGUUGAUUAUCUCUUCAAUUUGCUCAAGGGCAAAGAAGACGAAGAGAACGAUGAGUCUGAGUCUCCUGCUCCCGUGAGAAAGAGAGCCCGUAAGCCAAAGAAGGCCCAGACCCCAGAGGUCUCUGACAUCAAAAAGGUCGACAGUCCAAAGGUGACGCCCAAACCACGUGCCAAGCCAACCGUGGUGGGAGGUGAGACCAAGCCAAAGGCUAAGCCAAGAAAGAAGGAAAAGGUGUUAUCUCCUUUGACUUCCUCUGCCGAUCUUACAUCUUCGUCUGCAACUAAGGUCAAGCAUGAGGACCACCAUGGCCCCAGUUCCGGUGCAACAGUUGAAAAGAAGACCAAACCAGAAGUCAAGAUAAACGAGGAGGUUUGCAGAGAAAAACUGGCACCUGUCUAUGAAUCGCUGAAACGUCUUAAAGCUGGAGCUGGGGAUUUGGACAAAAAGCAUUGGGCCAAGAUUUUGAAGAAAGAGCUGAUUACCGUCGGUGACCACAUCACCAAGACCACCUCCUCAAUCCCUCCGGAGGCUAGAGACCAUGAUAAGAAGCAGUUGUGGGCAUUUGCCUGUCUUUACUGGCCCGCCAAGGUGCCUAGUAGUAGCAUCAUGAACAUGUAUGCAAGACUCUCGCAACCCGACAAGAAGGAGUCAACGCCCGCUUGA